AAAGAAAAGGUAUUUUAGUCUUUUAUAUUCUAUUUUAUACCAACUUUCAAUUAAAUACUAUUAUUUCUUAAUUUUCGUUCCAACACCCAAUAAGACAUUUAUUUUGGGACAAAGAAAAUACAUAUAGAACAUAAAUAUAUAAUACGCCCCUGUUUACCGUGAUCCCCUUUCCACCUGGCCAGGGCCGGCCCUAAAUAGAUGAUUUCAUCUACACUAUGGAACAAUACAUUGACAAUGCAGACAUGUUUUGAGAUGAUACAAAAUUCAUAUUGGUUCUUGUUACCUUAAAAGAUUGACCGUACAUAGUGGAGGUGGAAAGGAGUAUAUGGUGACAAAGAGGAUAUCACCGUGUGGAUGACAUUUAAUGUGAAAUUUAAAACUAAUUUCACAUCUUCUGAUGUUGAGGAAGAGUCAGGAUGAAGUCUAAGGGUUCACUGUUUGAAGCAUCAGGAUGAGCAUUUGAAAUAAUACAUUUCGGGUGUGUUUUGUUUAGGGGUUUGGAUUUUGUAUUGGGAUUUGAAUAGUAAAAAUUUUGAAUUUGAAUAGUUGUAUGAUGUGAUAUAAAUAAGUGUUGAUAUGAUGUUUUGAAUAUAAAAUUAAUUUAUAGUACUCCCUCCGUCUCGAAAUUAAAUAUCCAUUUGCUUUUUGCACGUAGUUUUAGAAAUAUUAGUAUUAUAUUGAGAUAUAUUAGGAAUAAAGUAGAAAUGACUAAAAUAAUUUUAUUAGUACGUGGAAUACAGAGGUAAUGACAUUUGUGUAAUAUAUUGUAAGUUGUAAGGGUAUUUAUAAUGUUAAGUAGAUAGUGCGGUUAUUAAAAAAGGAAAUGGAUACUUUGUUAUGGGACAUACUAAAAUAAAUAGAAAAAUAGAUACUUUGUUAUGGAACGGAGAGAGUAUAAUAUAAAAAAUAAAAAAUAGGUGUUUGAUUUUAAUAUUUUUGAGGAAAAAAAAUGGGAUAAAUAGUGGAUUGAAAAUCCAAUCUCCCAAACAAACACACCCAAAAGAAACUUUAUUUAGAUAGUAGGGAGGUGGAUUUGGUCACCUGUUUAAAUUUUGAACCGCUUUCAGAUUUUAUUUAUCAGUUCGUCUAGUAUGAUUUGUUUUUACUGAAUCUAGUUCAAAUUUUUAAAUUCAAUCAAAGUUUAUUCAAAAUAUACUCAAAAAUUAGUAGCUGCAGAUUCCUGCAAUUAAAAAAAAAAAAAAAACCCUUAUUUACAUCCUAUAAGAAGUGACUCGGAGUGUGAAAUGGGUUAACUUGUGAUCCUCUAGCUAUCGUAUAGGAGUUUAAACCCGGACGCCUAGUGGUGAAAGGGAUUAACGUGUAAGAGAUGGCUAAUGAUGUGCGGUAAAUUUAUAACCGUGAGAUCAUAAAUUCAGUGGGACUUAUUUUUGUCAGACCUAGUUUGAAGACUAUUAGGUUCAAUCGAGAUUUAUGUAAUGCACUGGUCGAUAGCAGGCUACAAAUUUUCACAUUGUAAAAAAAAAUAAAUUAAAGAUCAGUUUACAUGAAAUUUUUGAAAAUUUUAUAAUUAUUCGAUAUUUAAAUAUAUAUAUAUAUUACAGUAAAUAUAUAUUUUUUACUAAACAUGAAAUUAAAUAAUUUUUAUUAUUAUUCUCAAAUUUUCAAUUGUUUUAUUUAAAAAUAACCUAAAUGAUCUUGUUAUUCAAUAGCUUAUUAUAUAUCCCCUGUUCGGCAACGUGAUGUCGUGAUCUCCACUAUUAAACAAACUUUGAAAAUUCACGCAAUAGUUUUACAGUCCAAUUAAAAAGCAACAAGUGGGAUGGCAUUUCGGUAAAUUAAGAGAAUAUUGGCACCAAAUUCCAAGUUCUCCGGCUAUUUAAAAUGCCCGCUCUCUGCUUCACGCUUUCUUUAUGCUUUGAAACUGAGCAGAAAGCCAUUAACAAAUGGGGAAACUUCUCGUUUUCCGCCUCCGCAUCUCCGCCUUAGUAGCGUUCAUUUUCUUCAUCACCACCGCCUGCGCAGGCGACGAUGUUAGCUGGAUGCCGAUCGGUGGUAAGGCGGAGGUUUGCCAAGGUUCGGUCGCCGAGUGCAUGGCCGACGGCGUAGAUGAGUUCGAUUUCGACAUGGAUUCGGAGAGCAAUCGGCGCAUUUUAGCAACCACUAAGUACAUCAGCUACGGCGCGCUGCAGGCGAACAACGUCCCGUGUUCACGUAGAGGUGCGUCCUACUACAACUGCCGACCAGGUGCUCAAGCUAAUCCGUACACUCGAUCGUGCAGUGCGGCGACACAGUGCCGGAGUUGAUUUUUGCGUGUAUUUACGCAGCUGGUAAACAUUAUCGCACUAUUUGGCUUUCUCAACAUCUGAUUUUUACAUUGUGUCGUUCUUGUUCCGCAUCUAUUGCUUGAUUGACUUCUUCUGCCGAGAGCACUUGUAAAAAUUUUUUAGGCAUAAUUUUGCUUGUCUACAUGCAUGAUUGAUGUUGUUUUAACGAACUUAGAAAGGAAAUUUAUACAAUUGAGAAUCCUCGGCUCUUGUAGCAAGAUUUUAAUCAUAGUUUAUCGUGCUAGUCUAGAAGAUGACGUUUUAAGAACAUUGGAUCCAGUAAACUGAAUUUUAUUUAUUAAUAUCCUACAGUUGUGUGUCUCUUAUCUCCUUGGACUAAUGAAUACAUCUUCAGCAC